AUGUGUCACCGCUUUCCCCUCUCCCAAAACUCACCCCGCACACCACGUGCCGUGACCGCCGGCAUCGCGAGCAGAGCGCACGCCAGCGAUCACGCCAGCGAUCACGCCAGCGAUCACGCCAACGAUCACGUCAACGAUCACGUCAACGAUCACGUCAACGAUCACGCCAACGAUCACGUCAACGAUCACGUCAACGAUCACGCCAACGAUCACGUCAACGAUCACGUCAACGAUCACGCCAACGAGCACGCCAACGAGCACGCCAACGAUCACGUCAACGAUCACGUCAACGAGCACGCCAACGAGCACGCCAACGAUCACGUCAACGAUCACGUCAACGAUCACGCCAACGAGCACGCCAACGAGCACGCCAACGAGCACGCCAACGAUCACGUCAACGAUCACGCCAACGAUCACGUCAACGAUCACGUCAACGAUCACGUCCUCCCCUGCCCGCCCCUGCCCGGCCAUGCCUGCUCCCUACCUUCCCCUCCUUUUCUCCAUCCACCCACAUCUCUCACCUUGUCGGAAAAGGAAGGGUGUUCCGGCCAAAUCCCCGAGUCCAGCACUCCAAUAAUCACGUCCUCUCCUGCGCGCCCCUGCCCGCCCACGCCCCCCCACAUCUUCCCCAGCUUCAUAUACUUGGGCGUGUACGUCGUAAACGCCCUCACCCCCCCCUUCGCCCUCACCACCUGCCCCACUCCCGGCCGCUUUCUCAGCUCCUCCGCCUGCUGCGCUGUCAAAGACGCACAAACAGCGUUGGCGGUGUAA